UGUUUUUGAAUUCUGACCAGAACAGUCCUUCGAGGCAACUUUCAGUUAAAAGUACUCUCUCUCUAUAUCACUUUCUCUCUCUCUAUAUAUCUCUCUAUACAUACAAGGGUUUCGUUUUCUCCAACCAGCAAAUUCCGUGACCAGAAACAAUAUAAGCUUUUCAUCCAAUCCACUCAUCGAAAUCUUCGUCUCACACAGUCCCCCCAAUUCACAUACUUCAAUUGCAACUCUGAAAGUUGUGUCACUCUGAAUUCAGAAUUUUCGAAGCGAAAUCGGAAGAAGUUUUCACCAAGAAGGUGUUUUCUGAAAGCACCGAAUAUAUCGUGACUGUUCAAGUUCCGAAUUUUGAAUCCUUGGGUUCCUCAGAACUUGAAUUGGAGCUUGAACGAUUGUGCGUUGAUGAUAGCAAGAGAACACGAGCGAAUUGUGUUGUUCGUCGUUUUCGGUUUUGGUGUGUAUUGAUUGGUGGUGAGUUGGUUGUCAAGGGUUUGUGAUUGAGUUGAAGUUCGGAGAUCUAGGGUUUUGAAGGAGGUUUGUAGUUCUGCAGUGUAGGAGACGUAGAGGGUUAUACAUAUAAUGGAUGUAGAAGUUUUGGGGGAUGUGGCGUCUCUGGACCCCGAAUUGUUGCAGCUUCCAGAGGUGGUGUCUCCUUUGGCUCUUAAAACCAGCCCUCAAAUUGCAGAGGAAUUGUUCUCACAGUGGCUAUCGCUUCCAGACACGGGCCGGCUGGUGAAAUCCUUAAUUGAUGAUGCAAAAGCAGGCACCCCUAUUAAUGCAACUGGGAAUUCUACUAGUUCGAAUGCUGUUGGGAGUAAUCCAUUGCCUUCCAUAUUCCCUGCUGGAAGUGCACCUCCACUUUCACCAAGAAGUGCCUCUGGUUCUCCACGCACUACAAAGCAGAGAACCAGCCCCUCUUCGCUACGUUAUCCACUGAAAUUGGUCAGAGAACCAGUGCGAGAAGUCAUACCUCAGUUCUAUUUUCAAAAUGGUCGUCCACCGCCAAAAGAACUAAAGGAACAAUGUCUUUUUAGAAUAAAUCAUAUUUUUCGUGCUAGUAUGGAUGGAUUGCAAGUACAUGAUUUUAGAACAGUUACAAAGGAAAUAUGUAAGCUACCAUCAUUUCUUUCUUCUGCUCUUUUCAGAAAGAUUGACAGCGACUUUACAGGGAUUGUGACCAGGGAUGCAUUCAUCAAUUAUUGGCUUGAUAGCAAUAUGGUAUCUAUGGAUAUAGCAACACAAAUAUUCAAAAUUCUGAAGCAACCGGACUGCAAAUACCUUACUCAGGCCGACUUUAAGCCUGUUCUUCUGGAUCUUCUGGCUGUCCAUCCAGGGUUGGAAUUCUUGCAGAGCACACCUGAAUUUCAAGAAAGAUAUGCUGAAACUGUCAUAUACAGAAUAUUUUACUACAUUAAUAGAUCUGGAGAUGGCCAUCUGACACUCAGGGAGCUGAAACGUGGAAACUUAAUUGCAGCAAUGCAACAUGCAGAUGAGGAAGAGGACAUUAACAAAGUUCUGAGGUACUUCUCUUAUGAACACUUCUAUGUUAUAUACUGCAAGUUUUGGGAACUGGAUACGGACCAUGAUUUCUUAAUUGACAAGGAGAACCUCAUCAGAUAUGGUAAUCAUGCUCUUACCUACAGGAUCGUUGAUAGAAUAUUUUUACAGGUUCCUAGGAAGUUUACUAGCAAUAUUGAAGGAAAGAUGUGCUAUGAAGAUUUUGUUUACUUCAUUCUGGCCGAGGAGGAUAAAUCAUCUGAACCUAGUCUUGAGUAUUGGUUUAAGUGCAUAGAUUUGGAUGGAAAUGGGGUUCUCACAUCCACUGAGAUGCAAUUCUUUUACGAGGAACAGUUGCAUCGAAUGGAAUGCAUGGCCCAAGAACCUGUUCUGUUUGAGGACAUAUUGUGUCAGAUAGUUGAUAUGAUCUCACCAGAGAGGGAAGAUUACAUCACGCUGCAUGACUUGAAAGGAUGCAAACUUUCAGGAAAUGCUUUCAAUAUUCUUUUCAAUCUUAAUAAAUUCAUGGCUUUUGAAACUCGUGAUCCAUUUCUCAUUCGCCAGGAACGAGAAGAUCCAACUUUGACAGAGUGGGAUCGCUUUGCACAUAGAGAAUAUAUUAGGCUUUCGAUGGAAGAAGACGGUGAAGAUGUAUCUAAUGGAAGUGCAGAAGUUUGGGAUGAAUCACUUGAGGCACCCUUUUGAGUUCAAGGAGUUAGCUUUUGGAGUACUAAGCUCUGGUGAGCCUGUUGUGUCUCUGCAGCUGCCUAUGGAUGCUUGCAAUGCUUCCUUGAGCUUGUCUUUGAAUGAAGACACAUCGUUUCCUAGCGAUUCUCCUUGAAUGAAACUCAUCAGGGUUGCAAACCUCAUCAUUGAUAAAUUUGAAGCCUGGUCAUGUAGCUCUGAUACGCAAUUGUCUGGAAGGCUAUAUGCUUACCAUUGCACAAUUGAAGCGAGCUGCACUCUGAAGUCCUACGGUGAACCUCUAAUUGGGAAUACCAAAAGCACCAUUUGCAAAGGAAAGGUUAUAUUGCUGACCGAUACUUCAUCACUAUUCAGGUAACAAUAGUCCAUAAAUGGUGGUUUUGAAUGCUUUGUUUCAGAAGAAUCGGCCUGGUGCGUAAUUGCUUUCUUUCCUUCCUCUGACCUCCAUGGCAAGAUGGAAAAUAUGGCUUGGCGUGUUUGUCCUGUAAGCCCUUACUGGUGCACUUUGCUUGGAUGAUACCGUCUUUUUAACUCUCCCAACAAAAGAGAUAUAUAUUUGUUUUGGUUUCUGUUUGCUGAUUAUAUGCUCUUCAAUUUGUUGUUUAUGAUGAGAGAGAAAAAAGUGUGGGGAAUAUCCCAAUUCUUUGUUUGAGAUAGAGGAAAAUCUUGGAAAAAGAAAGAAUUAUUCAAAAAUUUCCAAAUAUAUAUAUAUAUAUAUAUAUAAGGUUAUCAAAUUUUACUUUCUUUCCUGUGUUC